AUGGACGAUGGAACAGGCAAAAGACCGUACAUCAGACUCAACUCGAACCUCCCCAACGUGACACGGCACACUGGAGGUGAAGUCAGGCUGAAGUGUGAAGCUGUCGGAUCUCCACAACCUAUUACUUUCGCGUAAGUUAGUUUAUCAUUAUUAUUUUAUUUUUUAAUUUUAAUUUCAUUAAAUCUUGUUAUUGAUAACCGAAAAAUUUUUCAUGCUGGGUUUCGCCACGAAAGUUUUAUGUUGGUUUUCUGUUUUAAAAAUUAAUUUCAAAUAAUUUUAGAAAUUGGGUAAUAUUUAUAUGAAACUUAACUAUUCUUAAUUUUAAAAUUAUGCGUUUUUAAAUUAAAAACCGUAUUUUAGAUGGCUGAAAAACCAUGCCCCAAUCGAGAAAAGUCGCAAAGUAAAAGUGCGGAAUCGCGAGUUCUGGUCGAAACUUGUGAUAACAGAUCUUGAUGUACUUGACAGUGGCUAUUAUCAGUGUACAGCGACAAACAGUGCGGGAUCUGUGAAUACGACGUCUGUCUUGAGGGUACGUUAAUAUUUUAUUAGUAUUUUUUCUAUUUUAAUGUUUUUUGGUACUUAAUAAGUGUUAUGUUGCAAUAGGUUUAAAAAUUCAGUAAAACAUACUGUUAGAGCUUAUGGCAGUAUGUCUAUUACUUUACUAUGUAAAGUGUCAUUUUUGGUAACUUUACAUCUCUUUACUGUCUGAAAGGUUUAACCCAUGAAUAAGCCUUAAGAUGAACCGAGCUCGAAACAAACUUGUUGUUUAUGGGUAUUGUUUCGAAACGGAAUGUCAAAUUUGGCAAAUCUCCUGAGGGGUUUUUGUCUUUUGCAGCCAAACUUCGGGAUGGUCAAAGGUUGGCAGCUGGUUUUUGUUUGUAUCAUGUUCGGCCGUUUCAUGGCCACCGAAUUUAUUGAUCAAAGCCAUUUUACGAUUUAGAUGUCUCCGGGUGUUUAUGGGCCUUUCAACAGGUUUUAAUGUUGUAAUUGGGAGCUGAUUAGUAUAGCUCUACGUUGUUGGUUAUUUUAGACCAUUUUUGGUUUUAAAAUUUAGUUUUUUAUAUUUAAAUAGAGUUUUUAAUAUUAAAACAUUUUUUAUAUUAAAAUUGAGGUAAAAUAUUUUUUUUGGUUGGGGUACAUCAUCUACUGGUAAUUCGCGGUAUAACAAAAAAGAUUCUUUAACAGCAAUAGCUGGCACAAUCAAAAACUAGCAAACUUUGUGAUCAACAAGCCAAUUAAUUAGCGUUUUUAUGAAUAACCCAAUCGCAUUGAUAAACAAUAAAUUAGGCCGGCUGAUAGUGCUGUUUUGAAAAGCCUAUAGAAGCGCUUCAUUUAUCAAUCGACGCUUUUGACAGUGAGUGAGUGCCGUGAGGUCGAAGGACCGAAAAUCUUCUUUUUCGCCUUUUCUGAAGUUUAAUGGAGUCGGGAGGGGGGGGCUGAUUUGUGAACUGUUUUAUGAUACGCACUUGGUGAUGGCUACUAAAGGUUGCAUUUCUGGGGAAAUUGACGUUAAAUGUGUGAAUUUGAUGGGUUUAUGGGGUAAAGUAAGGUGGUUUUGAGGAGGAGUAAAAUACGGUUUUUAUGUGAAAAUGAAGGGGUUUUAGUUAAGGUUAAUAUAAGUUAGACGUUAUUAAAAAAAAGUGUAUUUUGUAAAAAUAAUUUGAAUUAAUUUUUCUUUGUUAUUUUAUACUGCUCGAAAGUUCAAAGUGAAUUCCCUGUCCUCGAAGAUGAGGGUACCUACAAAGAAGAUAAUUUGCAUACUCAAAGUUUAAGUUUUAAGCGAGUUUAAAAAAAACUUGAAUUUUGAUUUUGCAUUUCUCAAGCUACAGAACUUUUCAUAGGCUAAAGUGAAGUCUACGAAAAAUAUAUACAAUACAAAGAUUUAGAUUUUGACAUUUAGGUAACAUUUCUUUACUAACAUUCAACAAAACGUCUAAAGAUUAUGUCAUAUAGUAUUUAAAAGUAAAUAUUAUACAACAACCCUAAAAUACGUUUUUUAUCAAUGAAAUUAUUUUAAUGACAUCGAGCUGAUAUGAUAAAAAUCAGGGCCACACAUUUUUUGACAGUUAUUUUUAGUUUUUAAAUUUAAAAUAAUGUUUUUUAAAGUUUUUGUUUCACAAGUUUAUAAAUUACUUUUUAAUCUCCGCUUUAAACUUUUUUCGUACUGCGAAUAUGCAGUAAAUUUAGGCAGAAUUAGUCAUCGUGUGUCGAUUCACUUUCUUUGCCAUUCUUCGAUUGAGGCUGAGAUUGAUGGGCGCAGUCGAUCCACUGACAGCCGAUAUGAGGAAUGAGGGCUGCGCUCUGGCCCAACUCCAUUUUUAAUUAUGUUUUUGCGCUUUAAAGACGACGGUUGUUGUAAUCGUUGUGGGCUUCAGAGUAUUUGUAUUUUAACUUUGAGGAUUAGGACUUAAAAGUUGAAGUUUGGAGGUUUGAUGGUCAUUUUGUUGUAGUUUUAUAGGGUUUCUUUGCUUUGUUUGUAGAUGGUUGUUUUUUUGAAUGAGAAGGCUUUAAUGGACAAUAACUUUUGAAAUUCUUUCCUAAGUUCUAUGAAAUUUUGAAUACUGGUUUUGUAGUAAAUUCCAAUCUAAACCUACUAAAACAGCAAAUUUUUUAUUCCAAAGCGGCUUAAAAUUCAAAUUUAAAAAAGCUUCAAAACUUAACUUCUAUUCCUAGUCCAACAAGCAUUUAUAUUGUUUAGUUUUUGUUGUCGCUCUGGUUUUGACACAUUCAGCAGAAGCAGUAAGCGAUUAGUGUCCAGCCUCCAAAUUUUUAAUCGACCCUCUGAUCAGAAACAGAUGGUGGCUCAUUUGCGGGUUUUCCGUUUCGAAAACCUCGAAACGGUCGCAAACCGAGACUUGUGUGGUCCUAUUGUAAAUGGGUGGUUAGUAGCUGUUAUCUGAAUUUACAACUACUACUGGUUGUGAUAAGGAUUGUGUUAGGGUGUGUGAUUGGCAUUUGGUCUUUGUAGCAGUGGGUGAGGUGGUUGUUAGUGAUACUGCCGGUUUAAGUUAUGUUGAGGUAGAUUGUAUAGUGAUAGUUGUUUUAAGUUAUGUUCUUGAUAAAUAGGCAUUGAAUGGUUUUUUAAUGUAUGUUAGAAUUAGAAUAUAAUGGUUCGUGAUUUCCCAUGACCAUAAAACGGGCCAAUAAUAUGUUCGCUCUAUCACAGAAUCAUCUUCUUUCAUUAAACACUUGAACAACCUAACAUAAUAUUACUUUUCUUACCAUUUUUCCAAAUUCCUGAAGUAGUUUUUGCAAGAAAAGCACUUUAAAGCCUGCUAUUGUAUAAUUGAGAUCUAACAAUUCAAAAUAUUUGGCUGGAAAUGACAAACAGCUUGUAAACAGAAUAAAUAGACAUCAGAUGGCCGCAUUCCCAUGAACUCUUUCCUUUAUUUAAAUGAGCUCCAUUCCUCUGCCUUUUAAUACCUAAAUCAUACAAAUUCUUUUUGUUUGUGAUAUUAAUAUAGCCUUGCUUGUCUUUCACCAAUUUGCAUAAUCUGCAAGAAAGUGGCAUUACUGUGACAAAGACUUGUUUUUCUUUGAAAUUACAGUACUUUUGUCAUUACUUUUUACUUGUGAGCACUUGAAUAGAGUAUUGUCUUAGUUCUGAGUACGGUUUUGACCGUUUUCGAAAUGUUUUUAAUCGAUUUUUGGGUUGAUUCAAAGCGCGACCGGACGUGGGUGGUAAUUAGAACAAUAGCUAGUCAUUACGGUACGGUACGGCGUGCUUUCAUCUUAAAUUCGAACACAUUGCCAUAUUGAUCAAAUAUAGGGCUUGGCCAAGGUUAACGCUUUAUACUUUAAGAAAUUUAGUGUUUUGUCCAAAGUUUUAGAAUUUUUUUGAAUAUUUUUACUUUUCAAAAAUUUAAUUUUUCAGCUUUUUAGAAUAUUUGAAUUACGGUUCCAUUUAUCUGCCUCCAUCUUUACUUCUGGCCUUUGAAUAAUUUCUUCAUGUUUGGCCAGGGAUCUGGCCAGAUUCCUCUUUGUCGCGGCGCUUUCCCAUCUUGGACGAUAAACUGCCAAAUGUCGCGCGAUCAUUCCGGUUUGGUGGGCGAACUAGAGGGCACUUUCUUUGGAAAGGUUUAAAAAUCCAAAACCGUUUUGAACAUACGAUGAUUUUUUAUUUUUACAAGAAUGUUAGGUCUAGAAAUUAAAAAAAUAUUUUAAAAAGUAAAGUUAACCAUGAUUUUCCCAUUUUACAAUUUUGAAAGUGCCACAAGUCUCUAAACCAUUUCAUUCAUGGAUAAUAUGAUGAAUCGCUUUCAUCAAUUCCCAACUUCGCAAUCUUAAACCGUCUAAUCUCGUUUUCAUUUGGCCAUUAAAACGAGCCGCAAAGGCUCCAUUCAAGGAUUAGGAAAAAACAAAGCCGGCUGGGUCAUUCUCGAAAGGGGGACGCCGCCCUUCUGUCCCAGCUGAAUUCCCCAAAUCAGCAAAAUGGUAAUUGAAAAGUGCACGUUUUGGGUAAUUCGGGUAUUCUUGGGGUUGCAGUUUUCUUCAUAACAUAAUUUCAAAGGAUUUGAGAAUCCAGAUUGUUUCAAGUUUUGCUGUUUUUGAUCACGUUACCAUUACCUUUUGUUCAUUUUUUGAUAAGUAACUUAUUAGAAGAACCAGAAAGUUAUUCUCACAAGAUUUUCACAGCUUUUCGAUUGAAGUGUUGAUAGUUAAACAAAAUGUGGAGAACAUACUUGUUUUAAACAAUAUUUUGACUUUACUCGCACUUCUCGCUCCCAUAAAUUACCGUUUUGUCUUGGCGAUGGAUUUAUGGCCGGGCGAGAAAGUGAACGCUGGCCCGAGGGUUGGACGAUCAGUUUAAUUAAAUUGGUUUCUAAUUUUGAUUUGAUACGGGAAUGGGAGGCUUAUUUACAUGUACUAUUACACCUUGUUUUACAUAGUAUUGUUUUCGUAAUUAGUAAGGUACUUAUUCGAAACUAAACCUUAUUUGAGCAAAACAAGGUAGUAAGGAGUACUUACAGAUGAUUCUUUGUACUUUUAAACCUAAUUAGAUGUAUAAUGAUCACUUUUGACAAUCUUUAUCCAACACAAGUUCACUUGUCAUCCCCAAUACUUAAAAUUUCAUUUUCAUAGCCUAGCUUCUGUUAGCCACUGGUAACUUAACCCGCAAGAAUUAGCAUAUUGCGCAAGUGCCAGUAAAAGUGGACAUAGGUCAGUGUAAUAGCUUCUUAAUGCGCUCUUUUUCUCUACUCAUUUGCAUCUCAUGUCAAUGUCUGAUCGAAACGCUAGACAAGUGAUUAGAUAGCUGUUGUUGUUGACAAUACAUUUCUCCAGGGUACACAAAUUACCACAGUAAAUUUUGUGUGGAUUUGGAGUUUGUUGGGAAUACCAAGUAGGGAUCAUUCUUAGGAUUUGCUUGAUAGCGACUUGUUGGAUUCCAAUAAGUUGUUAGGAGCUGUUAAUUGACUUGUUAUUACUGAUAAUUGACUUAUCAAUCUAUAUUUAUAAUGAAGCUGGAUAUUGAGGAUGUUAAGGCUGUUACUAGAAAACCUAGAAAGCAUAAGAAGAAUAAGGUAUGAAAAUAACUGUCUUUUUUGUCAGUCUUAAACUACUUUUGUUACUUAAUGUAUUUCGUAUUUACAAUAUUUUUAAAACAUUUUUUUUAAUUCUAAUAUCAUAUCUUACCCGUAUCUUUUAGGUGAACACCGCUCCCCCGAAUGCCAAACCCAAGCCCUCGAGUUCAGUGAACAAACAGCACAAGAACCUCGAGUUGGACGACGAGUACGGCGACUACUUCGACGAACAACGGAACGUUGACCAGUUCGACGACAUGUUCAGCGUUCCCAACAGCGCCGGAGGCAAUGGCUACGCUCCGAUGCAAGAGAUGGCCAACGAAAGGUGGCUGGACGGUACCACCUUGACCAAAGGACAAUGUGUACCAUACAAGGGUCGAGCAUGUGCCAACUUCUUGACCGGUCGAUACAUUAUAGUGACGACGGAAAAUCGAGACGAGAUAUACGAUGUUGACCAUCACAUCUCAGCGGCCAUGAUGUUCAUCCACAAGAUGCCUGAUGUCAGUGAACAAUGUAAAAAGUACUCACAUGCUGUUGCUUGUUAUCAUAGGUACAAAGUCUGUGACCAAAGUGUGAGUACGUAUGGUGCCAGUGAAACGACGGUACCAUUGUGUAGGAGAGAUUGUGAUGAACUACAGGUAAGAUAGUUUAAUGAUAGCAUAUCUCUUAAAUUGUGAACUUAUUUUCAUGAAUAUGAGUUUUUAAAAUUUUUUUAUUGGUGGCGUACCUAAUAUUUUAAUUUUUUAGUCAGCCGUUUGCCCCAAAGAAUUCGCAAUGGCUGCUCAACAUGAACUUGUGGGAGAUGGUGAAAAGUCCCUGCUACCUCGCUGUGAUACGAUCUCUCCUGAUGCCUCACAUUGUAUACGGGUACUGCAACCCAAUACCCCUAUUGGUGUACCAAAAACGCCAGUCGAGUCCGUACCAGACAGAGACGACUCCAACGACAAAUUCAGUCAUUGGUGCUACGUGGACACUGGACUAAAGUACGAAGGAAAUGCGGCCACGACCAUCAGUGGCAAAGUGUGUUUACCGUGGAGAGACAGUCCGUCCAAGGAGUUCCAUCCAUCAGCCAACAAACGACUGAAGAAUGCAGGGAAUCACUGCAGAAACCCUGGAGGACCAAUCAGCCAACCAUGGUGCUACGCUGCUCAGACUGGUCUACCAGAACAGUGUGACAUCAGGAAGUGUCCGCCCAAUUUGUACGCAGAAUACUCGGAUUCAGCUCCGGAACCCGGCCUUCUGGACGGAGUCUCCAAGACCUGGCAAACCAUGAGUCCCCAAACUCAGAUGAUCUCAGCCGCUGGCCUAGGAGCAGUCCUCUUCGCCCUCUUACUCUGUAUAUGUUGUACUUGCUUCUGUCGCAAAAAGAAGACCAAGUCCCCCGCUUCAACCACCACCGGCCAGUCUACUGUAACAUCCCUGAACAAGAACGGCUACUUCGUGCAGAAUAUGAAUGGGGUACCGAGUAUGAACGGGGUGAUGAAUGGUAUACCUAGUAUGAACGGCGGGUCAAGUUUGGCCAACUCAGCAGUAAACCAACAAUAUUACAAUAGACAGGCUCAGAUGAUGAUGGCUCAACCCAAUUACGAAAUGAACUCGCUACUCCACCCUCGACACCCAGGCUCAGCCAUCAUGUCAGUCGGAUCUCACCCUUAUGCCACUGCCCAAGCUGCCUCCCACAUGCAAUUGUACAGUCCUCACACCAGCACCGACCCCUCGGAACAGUCGAUCCCCAUCAUUAGUGAAAAUCAGGUAACAAAACUGAUUCAGUUAUAACAUAAUUAUAUUAACCAUGAUAUGGCUGGCAUAAUUUGUACAUAAAAGUUGUAAAAAUAAGUUAUUUCGUAAAAAUAAAUAGUAAAGUAUAAAAAUUAGGCUUUUUUACAAGAAAACAAUAUUUUGUUGGGAAAAGAGACGUUUUAUACGAUGAAACAUGCUUUUAUCUUUCCGCUUAUUUUAUUUGAAACACCUAAAAUUAGGUAUUAAAACUAUGGCAAAAUAAAAUACGUUAAUUCAAUGGGUACAAGAUAAUUUAAUCUUUAUAAUUCUAGAUUUCCAUUGAAAACAAGCUCGGCGAAGAUGGCAGAGAAGUUAUUUAUCAAGGAGAAUAUUCGUCUCCAAAAGGUUUCGAUCACCAGUCCAAAACAAUCAAAGUAGCCAUCAGAAUGCUUCAACUGGGAUCUUCUCAGUUGGAAAUUGAAAACUUUAGAGAAGAAAUCCGAGGAUUAGCAAUGUUUGAACAUCUGAAUGUGAUAAGACUACUGGGUGUUACCUACAUUGAGCAGAACACAAGGAUGGGCGCUGUCUUUGACUAUGAUGUGAAUGGUAAUCUAGUGCAAUAUCUGAAACUACGGGAACCUAGAGGCAAUGAGUAAGUUAGAAACCUUUAUUUAUGUUUUUUGUUACCUAUUUUUGUAAAAAAUUGAAUUUUUUGAGUUGAUAUUGUUUUAAAUUGUAAAAUUUUAGAGUUUUAAUUAUUAACUAGGUGAAAACCUAACGUCUUACUGAUAUUAACUUUUUUCAGAACUGAUGAAGAACGCUGUCGCAACUACGAAGAUAUGUGUAAGAUCGCUGCUCACAUUGCUGGUGGCAUGGAAUAUCUUGCUCGUCAAGGCUAUGUUCAUCGAGAUUUGGCUGCCAGAAACUGUUUGAUCGCUAAUCAAGUCGUGGUCAAGAUCGCCGACUUUGCCAAGUACCAACAACAAUACGAACAGGACUAUGUUAUCAUGAACAACCAGGCCAAGCUGCCAGUCAGAUGGAUGGCCAAGGAAGCGUUCGACAUUGCUAACGAAAAGACUGAUGUCUACUCGUUUGGUGUGACGUUGUGGGAGAUAUACACUUUUGCUCAACAACCAUAUGGAAAUCAGAGCGACCCAGAAGUCAUCGACAAGAUCAACUACCGUGACGUGCUACCGUGCCCUCAGGGGUGUCCCACUAAGAUCUAUGGGUAAGUAUAAACUUUUUGAUGUUUUUAUAUUAUUUUAGACAAAAAAUGAAUGUCGUUCUCCUUUUUGGGAGGAAUUGAAAGGUAUUGGUAUUGUAAAUAAUAGUGUUUAUAUUACUUUAAUUAUACUGUAAACUAAUAAUUCUCAUUUCAGAAUGAUUGUUGAAUGCUGUAACAACAUCCCUGAACGGCGACCAAGUUUCGCCGAGCUCCACCAACGUUUACAAGUCAUGUCAGCUCUAGGACAAGCUGGCUACAACACUGCCCGAGCCAGUUCAGUCCAUUCUGGAGGCUCAUCAGGACAGUCUGGACAAGGGCUGAACAAUGGAUUUGUGAAAGGGUCCUUAGAUGGUAUGAACCAGUUUGGAAUGGUACCAUCUCCAGCACCACACGUUACCAAAGUGGCUAUGAUGCCGGGACAGAACAGUAUCAUGCACAGCACGCCGAUCGGUCACCGUUCUCCGCGAGCACGGGCUUCGAACGAGCACGGCGAAGACACGUCACCACUGAUGCGGCGGAAGCCGUACGAGUCGGCGUACGCUUCGGAUUCGGGUUCCGAAGACUAG